GUUGCUGUUGACGCCCGUAGACGGCCGGGCGAGGGAAAGUGGCAAGAUGGCGGCUCCCACGGCGGAGGCGUGGAGGCUCGCCGCCUCGGAGAGCCUCGGGGCUAGUCGCUCGGGUGCUUGGCCUGAUCGCGGCUGGAGCCUCAGCUGAGAAUCCCUCGGUACCGGUUCCCAUUCGUGAGGGCGUCCCCCCCUCCUCCCCACAGGGAAACUUCAACAGGCCCUUGUUGGAGGGGGCGGGAAUAGUGCGAGGGCGGGAGAGAACAGUGACGUCUACACACCCCGCCCCCUCGCCCUACCGUCGCCAUGUUUAGUUGUUACUUCUUUACACAAGAUGGCGGCUCCCAGGGAGGAGGCAUGAGCGCCCUGCCGUUACAGCUCCUUCUGCCGUACAGUCGCCACUUCGGGGCGUAACUCUGGCACUUGGGGUCUGUUCCUGUGGGACGGAGUUAUCAGUAAGGAAGUGAGGAUCGGACGCUGUCUCGCCUUGGGUCUGUGGUGGAUGAACUGACCCAAGAGGAAGAGAAUAGGGGGGACGGAGGAGCUAGUCUCAAGAUGGCGGCUCCCUGAGCGGUAGAGGCGGACUGAGGGGAGCGGUUCGACAGCUCAGAAGCCGUACGGCGCUGGCUCCACCGCCGACCCACUCCCUCGAGAGCCGAAGCUCUUUCCACGAGUGACCGGCGCGCCCACUUUCUCCCGCGUGUGGAGCUUGUUUCGGGAGCGGCGGAGUGCUGGGCGGGGAAGCGACACGGUCCCAAGAUGGCGGCUCCCACAAUUGUGGUUUGAGCGCCGGCGGGGCUGAAGUCGAGCACUGCGCUGGUGGCUUCUCUCCACCCGCCCCGGAAGCCGGCCAGAGCCGGAGACUCGCAGCAGGGGGGCGGUGUGUGAGUUGUGUGGGAACCGGGCCGGGACUCCGCCAUUUCCGGCGGGGGAGGGCUACGACUGAGGAAGGGAGGAGAGACAGGCGGCUCAAGAUGGCGGCUCCCACAGCCGCUCGCCCCGGCGCGUGAGCGGGAGCGUACGAGCGGGAAGUCAGAACGUCGGCACAGUACCGUACGUGUCUGCUGGCGCCUCGGCCCUCGGCGUUGUGAGCCGGCUCGACGGGACCAGGCGGAGCGAAGAGCGGGGGAAGAGCUGAAGAGGAGGAGGGCGGUUAAGAUGGCGGCCUCCAUGGGCCGGUCCGCCGCGGUGUGAGGAAGCGCUUCUGUGGGAGAGCUGCCUCAGAGCCGAGGGGGUGUGUGAGAGACUAGGGGGCUCUGGUCUCGCCUCAGGACUCAUUCCCGCCGCGCCUCCGAAGAGCCAUGGCUUCGGCCGUGUCGCCCGCCAACUCGCCUGCGGUGCUGCUGCAGCCGCGCUGGAAGCGAGUGGUGGGCUGGUCGGGCCCCGUGCCCCGGCCCCGCCACGGCCACCGCGCCGUGGCCAUCAAGGAGCUCAUCGUGGUGUUCGGCGGCGGCAACGAGGGCAUCGUGGACGAGUUGCACGUGUACAACACGGCAACCAACCAGUGGUUUAUCCCAGCUGUGCGAGGGGACAUCCCCCCAGGGUGUGCAGCCUAUGGCUUCGUAUGUGAUGGCACACGCCUGCUGGUGUUUGGUGGUAUGGUGGAAUACGGCAAAUACAGCAACGACCUCUAUGAACUACAGGCCAGUCGCUGGGAGUGGAAGAGACUCAAAGCCAAGACACCCAAGAACGGCCCCCCUCCAUGUCCUCGACUUGGACACAGCUUCUCUCUCGUGGGCAACAAAUGCUACCUGUUUGGGGGUCUGGCCAACGACAGUGAGGACCCCAAGAACAACAUUCCAAGAUAUCUGAAUGACUUGUACAUCCUGGAAUUGCGCCCGGGUUCUGGAGUAGUCGCCUGGGACAUACCCAUCACCUAUGGGGUCCUGCCUCCACCCCGAGAGUCGCACACUGCUGUGGUCUACACUGAGAAGGACAACAAGAAGUCCAAGCUGGUUAUUUAUGGGGGGAUGAGUGGCUGCAGACUCGGGGACCUCUGGACCCUGGAUAUUGAGACACUGACAUGGAACAAGCCCAGUCUUAGUGGAGUAGCGCCACUCCCUCGGAGCUUGCACUCAGCCACGACCAUCGGAAACAAAAUGUACGUCUUUGGUGGCUGGGUUCCUCUCGUCAUGGAUGACGUCAAGGUGGCCACACAUGAGAAGGAGUGGAAGUGCACCAACACAUUGGCUUGUCUCAACCUGGAUUCCAUGGCCUGGGAGACCAUCCUCAUGGACACGCUGGAGGACAACAUUCCCCGAGCCCGAGCUGGCCACUGUGCUGUCGCCAUCAACACCCGCCUGUACAUUUGGAGCGGGCGCGACGGCUACCGCAAGGCCUGGAACAACCAGGUGUGCUGUAAGGACCUCUGGUAUCUGGAAACAGAAAAGCCACCACCCCCUGCGCGGGUGCAGCUGGUACGAGCCAACACCAACUCCUUGGAGGUGAGCUGGGGGGCGGUGGCCACUGCCGACAGCUACCUUCUGCAGCUCCAGAAAUACGACAUUCCUGCCACGGCUGCUACGGCCACCUCCCCCACACCCAACCCCGUCCCUUCGGUACCUGCCAACCCCCCCAAGAGCCCGGCCCCAGCUGCUGCUGCUCCUGCCGUGCAGCCCCUGACCCAGGUGGGCAUCACACUCCUGCCUCAGGCAGCUGCUGCGCCCACCACCACCACCACCAUCCAGGUCUUGCCGACAGUGCCUGGCAGCUCCAUUUCUGUGCCUGCCACAGCCCGAAACCAAGGUGUCCCUGCUGUUCUCAAAGUGACUGGGCCACAGGCCACUGCAGGCACCCCGUUGGUCACCAUGAGACCCGCCAGUCAAGCGGGCAAGGCUCCCGUCACCAUGACCUCUCUGCCUGCGGGCGUGCGCAUGGUCGUCCCUGCCCAGAGUGCCCAGGGGACGGUGAUUGGCAGCAACCCACAGAUGAGUGGUAUGGCUGCCCUGGCAGCUGCCGCUGCGGCCACUCAGAAGAUCCCUCCUUCCUCGGCACCCACUGUGCUGAGUGUACCAGCGGGCACCACGAUUGUUAAGACAGUGGCUGUGACCCCUGGCACCACCACCCUACCUGCCACAGUGAAGGUGGCUUCCUCGCCCGUCAUGGUGAGCAACCCGGCCACACGCAUGCUGAAGACCGCUGCUGCUCAGGUGGGCACCUCUGUCUCCUCGGCUGCCAACACAUCCACACGGCCCAUCAUCACAGUGCACAAGUCUGGAACGGUGACUGUGGCCCAGCAGGCCCAGGUGGUGACCACGGUGGUAGGUGGGGUCACCAAGACCAUCACUCUGGUGAAGAGUCCCAUCUCUGUCCCUGGAGGCAGUGCUCUGAUCUCUAAUCUGGGCAAGGUGAUGUCGGUUGUCCAGACCAAGCCUGUCCAGACGUCUGCAGUCACAGGCCAGGCAUCCACGGGCCCUGUGACCCAGAUCAUCCAGACCAAAGGGCCACUGCCUGCUGGAACCAUCCUGAAGCUAGUGACCUCAGCCGAUGGCAAGCCGACCACUAUCAUUACUACGACUCAGGCCAGUGGCGCCGGGACUAAACCCACCAUCUUGGGCAUCAGCAGCGUGACCCCCAGUACCACCAAACCUGGCACAACCACCAUCAUCAAGACCAUCCCCAUGUCAGCCAUCAUCACACAGGCUGGCGCCACAGCAGGUGUGAGCAGCACUCCUGGCAUCAAGUCCCCCAUCACCAUCAUUACCACCAAGGUCAUGACUUCAGGCACUGGAACUCCAGCUAAAAUCAUCACUGCUGUCCCCAAGAUAGCCACUGGCCAUGGGCAGCAAGGUGUUACCCAGGUGGUACUAAAGGGGGCCCCUGGCCAGCCAGGCACCUUCCUGCGCACGGUGCCCAUGGGAGGCGUUCGCCUAGUUACCCCCGUGACUGUCUCUGCUGUCAAGCCAGCUGUUACCACACUAGUCGUGAAGGGCACUACAGGUGUCACUACUCUGGGCACAGUGACAGGCACUGUUUCCACCAGCCUGGCCGGAGCUGGGGGCCACAGCACCAGUGCCUCCCUGGCCACGCCCAUCACCACCCUGGGCACCAUUGCCACCCUCUCAAGCCAGGUGAUCAACCCCACAGCCAUCACUGUGUCGGCUGCGCAGACUACGCUUACAGCGGCUGGUGCCCUCACUACCCCCACCAUUACCAUGCAGCCUGUGGCCCAGCCUACCCAGGUUACUCUGAUCACGGCCCCCAGUGGUGUGGAGGCCCAGCCUGUGCAUGACCUCCCAGUGUCAAUCCUGGCCUCACCUACCACUGAGCAGCCCACAGCCACUGUAACCAUCGCCGACUCGGGCCAGGGAGACGUGCAGCCCGGCACUGUGACACUGGUGUGCUCCAACCCGCCAUGUGAGACCCAUGAGACUGGUACCACCAACACGGCCACCACCACGGUUGUGGCCAAUCUUGGGGGGCACCCUCCGGUCCCCCAGGUGCAGUUUGUCUGUGAGCGGCAGGAAGCAGCUUCUCUGGUGACCUCAGCAGUGGCCCAGCAGAAUGGCAGUGUGGUGCGUAUGUGCUCCAACCCGCCAUGCGAGACGCACGAGACAGGUACCACCAACACGGCCACCACAGCCACCUCCAACAUGGUGGGCCAGCUCGGCUGCUCCAACCCACCAUGCGAGACGCACGAGACGGGCACCACCAAUACGGCCACCACUGCCACCUCCAACAUGGCAGGCCAGCUCGGCUGCUCCAACCCACCAUGCGAGACACACGAGACAGGCACCACCAACACAGCCACCAAUGCUGUGGCCAGCAUGGGUGUUGGGCGCCUGCCCUGCACGACCGCAUCUGCCCCCACCAUAGUGAGGGUCAGCCUGGCUGCUGGCAUGCCGAAAGGGGCCCAGGCUGCUGCCUCGUGCCAAACUCGCCAGACCAGCUCCACAAGCACCACCAUGACUGUCAUGGUUCCUGGCGCUGCACUGCUGGGAGGCCAGCGGCCCUGUGGCCCUGUAGCCGGCCUAAGCCAGUUGGUGUCAGUGGGGCACCCAGCUGAGGUCCCUCACAACCCUUCUGCCUCCAGCCUGGGUGCCGGGGACCCCACCGGGACUGUCACAGCUCUGGAGGCACUGUUGGGACCCGUGACACAAGUGUGCUCCAACCCGCCAUGCGAGACCCAUGAGACAGGCACCACCAACACUGCCACUACCUCAAACGCAGGUGGUGCCCAGCGGGUCUGCUCCAACCCACCGUGUGAGACACACGAGACGGGCACCACUCAUACACCCACCACUGCCACCUCCAGUGGCAGCGCAGGGCAGCCCGAGGGUGGUCAGCCACCCCCGGCCAAUCGGCCAUGCGAGACACACCAGACCACCUCCACUGGCACCACGAUGUCAGUCAGCAUGGGGGCCCUGCUGCCCGAUGCUGGGCCAUCACACAGGACCCUGGACCCGGGUGCCGAGGCAGCAGCUUCUGCUUCCCUGGCCCCACCAGCAGCCACAGCACUGCUGGCUUCCUUCCCCACACAGCGGGUCUGCUCCAAUCCACCAUGUGAGACCCACGAGACUGGUACCACGCACACAGCCACCACUGUCACCUCCAACAUGAGCUCCAGUCAAGAUCCGCCACCAGCAGCCAGUGACCAGGGAGAGGUGGAGAGCACCCAGAGUGAUAUGGCGAGUGUCACUAGCUCCAGUGUCGUCACCACCACUGUGUCAGCGCUGACUAGGGCUGUGACCACUGUGACCCAGUCCACACCUGUCCCGGGCCCCUCCGUGCCGAAGAUCUCAUCAGUGACUGAGACUGUCCCAGGGGCUCUGGCCCCCGAAGUCCCCAUCCCGGCCACGAUAACAGUGACCAUAGCCAACACCGAAACUUCUGACAUGCCCUUCUCUGCUGUUGACAUCCUGCAGCCCCCCGAGGAGCUCCAGGCCUCCCCAGGGCCACGCCCGCAGCUACCACCACGGCAACUCCUGCAGUCUGCCCCUGCGGCCCUGAUGGCUGAGCCUGCCGAGGUCCUGGCUGCCGCCCCACCGCCCGAGCUCCAGGGUGCUGUGGACCUCAGCAGCACAGCAGACCCACCAUCAGGCCAGGAGCCAGCCAGCUCGGCCGUUGUGGCCACUGUGGUGGUCCAGCCGCCUGCCCCCACCCAGUCUGAAGUGGAGCAGUUGGCACUGCCCCAGGAGCUGAUGGCCGAGGCCCAGGGGGGCACCACCACUCUCAUGGUCACGGGGCUCACCCCCGAGGAGCUGGCGGUGACUGCAGCAGCCGAAGCCGCUGCCCAGGCUGCUGCCACAGAGGAGGCCCAGGCACUGGCCAUCCAGGCUGUGCUCCAGGCUGCUCAGCAGGCUGUUAUGGCAGGCACCGGAGAGCCCAUGGACACAUCAGACGCGGCGGCGGCUGUGACACAGGCUGAGCUGGGGCACCUGGCAGGCGAGGGCCAGGAGGGCCCGGCCACCACCAUCCCUAUCGUGCUCACACAGCAAGAGCUAGCGGCCCUGGUGCAGCAGCAGCAGCUGCAGGAGGCACAGGCACAGCACCACCUCCCCACUGAGGCCCUGGCCCCAGCUGACAGCCUCAAUGACCCAGCAAUUGAGAGCAACUGCCUGAACGAGUUGGCUGGGGCAGUGCCCAGCACAGUGGCCCUGCUGCCACCCACAGCCACCGAGAGUUUGGCCCCGUCAAACACCUUCGUGGCCCCACAGCCAGUGGUGGUGGCGAGUCCUGCCAAGUUGCAGGCGGCCGCCACCCUCACUGAAGUGGCCAAUGGCAUUGAGUCCUUGGGCGUGAAGCAGGACUUGCCAGCACCCCCCAGCAAAGCCCCCGUGAAGAAAGAGAACCAGUGGUUUGAUGUUGGGGUCAUCAAGGGCACCAACGUCAUGGUGACGCAUUACUUCCUGCCCCCUGAUGACGCAGCCACAUGUGACGAUGACUCGGGUGCAGUCCCUGACUACAGUCAGCUAAAGAAACAGGAGCUCCAGCCGGGCACAGCCUACAAGUUCCGCGUGGCAGGGAUCAAUGCCUGUGGCCGGGGGCCCUUCAGCGAGAUCUCAGCCUUUAAGACGUGUCUGCCUGGUUUCCCAGGGGCCCCGUGUGCCAUUAAAAUCAGCAAAAGCCCUGAUGGUGCGCACCUCACCUGGGAGCCACCGUCUGUGACGUCUGGCAAAAUCAUCGAGUACUCGGUGUACCUGGCCAUCCAGAGCUCACAGGCUGGUGGGGAGGCAAAGAGCUCCACCCCUGCACAGCUGGCCUUCAUGCGGGUAUACUGCGGACCCAGCCCCUCGUGCCUCGUGCAGUCCUCCAGCCUGUCCAAUGCGCAUAUUGACUACACCACCAAGCCGGCCAUCAUCUUCCGCAUUGCCGCCCGUAACGAGAAGGGCUAUGGCCCCGCCACCCAAGUCAGGUGGCUGCAAGAAACAAAUAAGGACAGCUCUGGCAGCAAGCCAGCCAGCAAGCGGCCCAUGGCCUCCCAAGAAAUGAAAUCUGCUCCAAAGAAAUCCAAGGCCGACGGGCAGUGAGAGGCCGCGCCGGCACUAGCCCUUCCUCCAGCCCCCUCUGCUUCAGGACACCCCGCCAGGCCCCCCCGGCUCCUGGCCUCCACCCCUUUUGGCCCUUUGCGCUGUUUGAGAUGCCUGUACAGAAAGCACAGUUUUGGGGGGCUGCACCACUGCUGCCAAGAGGAGCCAUGCCAGGCAUUCCUGGUGCAGCUCAGCGGGCAGGACAGAUGGGGUUGGAGGGCCCAUGAAGGAACACAAUGAGCCUUGGGGGGAUCAGCAGCUAGGGGCCAACAAGCUGGGGUCCAGGUGUCCCCCUAACUUUUAUCCCACCUCCACUCAAGAGCCUUGGCGGCUCCUACCCCCACACAGGGCGACCAUCAAUUCCUCUUGGACUCUGUUCCUGUGGCAUUUGCAGCUUACCCCAUCCCAGCUCUGCCCACGCUCCCAUGGCCGCGCCCCUAUUUUCUUAGAGGCCUUUGUACUCUUCCCUUCUCCCCUGUUCCCCAUUUUCCAUAAGACAAGCAAGCGCCCGGAGCAGCUCCCAGCCCCUAUACCCCCUUGCCCCCCCAAGCAGUGUUCCAUGGCCUCCGCAGUCCUGGGUUGCGGCCAGGGAGCACCUGACAACUGCUGCAUCGUUGGGAGUUUUCAGUUGGAGCUGACCAGUUCACCUUCUCAUUGUAAUUUUAGCCUUAGUGUGUGGGGUUUGGUCCCUUUUUUUUGUUGUUAGCCGUGUACAGAAUGUGUAGCUUCUUUUCCUUUUGGCUUUUGUUUUUGCCUUUUGCCCUUGGCUAAGCCUUGGCAGGGAUCUUUAUAAAGUCGGAAUAGUUGGGGGCAGCCAGGCCAAGAAGUGGGGGGCUGAACCUCAGCCCUCCUAGGAUGAUGUAAGAGGGCUUUGGAGAGGAGUGUGGACAGUUGGAGGGGAAGCCACCCCCUUCUGGAGGCCCAAUACUCCACUCUGACCUGGAGGGAUGGAUGAGUAGACAUGCUGUCUCCUGGGCCAGAGUUGGCAGUACCAUGCCACGUGAGACUUGGGGUGCCACUUGGACUGGCCAGUGGCUUUGUGCCCUGCACCCACACUUGAGGCACUCGGCAGGAUUGAGAAGGUGCACCCCCAAUCCAUAACCCCCCAUCUCUGGAGAGCAGUAUGGUGGGGGAUCCCUGGCCAGCGGCCUCUGGCCCCUGGUUGGUUGUAUAUUUCGCCAUGGAAAUGUCACGUUUAGUCACCUUGGAGCCCAGUUGCCUGGUCCCGUUGUCCCCACCUGUCCUCCUGCGACCCUGGGUCUCUGUGAGAACAGUGCCCCCUCAUCUAUUGUAGAGAACUCCCGUGACACAAUAUCAGCAUAGUGCGAUGUCGUUUUGUGCUAUUUUGAACAAUUAAAAGACUUUUUGGAAAUAACCCUCA